AUGUCGUCAGAUCUCUCAUCGUCGAACAUCCUCGACCCGAUUACAGUUCAGACACCAGCCCCAAAAUCACCCGCGACUCCUCCUUCUGCCGAUGGCAAUAUUACCCCCCCCGGCUUUGGAUUUGAAUUCGAAUAUGUUUUGCAGAAAAAAGUUUCAGAAGAUUUAGAUCGACAACGCAUGCGCCUACACAAAUACAGUCAAUUCGGAAUGGACGAGUACGAUGCAAGACGAGCAUCGCCAGAAGAGAUGCGUGAGAAAUAUUAUCAACUUUGCGAGGAUUUUCUUAAUGAUGUCUAUACACCUUCAAUCCCAACCCCAUCAAUUCCACCCACCUCUGAUUUAUCCCCGCCCACCUCUGAUUUAUCCCCGCGCCCUCUCGUUUCGAAAUCGCUAGCAUUCGAAGAGCCAGCGCACAGUGACGAGACAGGGAACCGGAAGGAGCUCAACGAAGCCCGCGAGAAUGCCUUCAGUGGUGGAAUCAGGCUUCACGAAUUUAUAUCGACGCUUAAUGAUCCGACACGCUCUGAUAAUCCAGAAUUCUGGCAGGAGAUGGAAAAGAUAUACAAACAAUGUCAUAUCCAAUUGUCACAGCUCUGGUUACCAUCAAUACAUGAGUCAGUUGAAGACGUGGAUAUGCCAGACGCCUUACUGCACACCUCAUCGAAAUCGCAGACAAGCACUGACAAUUCGAAACCUUUCGUACACAACUUGGCUGACAAUUUGCUCGACUCUGGAUUCGAAAAACGUCCAGCGUUUCGGAAACAGGUUGGGAAGUCAGGAAGUGGCAGAGAAAUACAAGGACUGGAAGUCAAGGCAGUGAUACCUAAAAGGACCUCAAAUGAUACACACAAAGUUACCAAGUCAAAAACGGGACGAAAGCCGACGACAAGAUCAUCCAUACAAGGACUGGAAGUCAAGGCAGUGAUACCUAAAAGGACCUCGAAUGAUACACACAAAGUUACCAAGUCAAAAACGAGACGGAGGCCGACGACAAGAUCAUCCAAAAAGCGACUUUGA